UCCCUCGUGGCUGAAGAGCCUCCGUCUCCACAAAUACGCAGCCCUUUUCUCCCAAAUGACUUACGAAGAGAUGAUGACUCUCACAGAGCAACAUCUGGAAUCGCAGAAUGUGACCAAAGGAGCGAGGCACAAAAUUGCCUUAAGUAUCCAAAAGUUGCGCGAAAGGCAGAGUGUCCUGAAGUCCUUGGAGAAGGACGUUUUGGAAGGGGGCAACCUAUGGAACGCACUCCAGGAACUGCAGCAGAUCCUCACCACCCCCAUCAAGGCCUUCCACACUCUGCAUGCUGCGUCCGCCUCCAAGGAGGCCCAGCCACUGGCAGCUGAGCCGAGGGGGGGCCCCACGCUGGGCCUGGAGAAAAGCAGCAACGAGGACAAGGAAGCCACCGACGACCCCUUCCCGCCCCCAACAGGCUCCCCCUGCGACGGGGAAUCCGGAGCGGCACCGAUCGCCGAAGGGGACAUUGCAGGCCAGUUCACUCGCGUGAUGGGUAAAGAGACAUUUGAGAAUCACACUAAUCUUUUUACAAGGACAAGAGAAGCAGAUGCUCCGGAACGCCCCUCCCUGAACGCUUAUCUGGACAUUCAGAAUGGGAGGUUGGCUAUCAUCACCUGCCUCGUGGACAGCUACCCACCUUCCAGGCUGACCAUGUAUAAAGGAGGUCAACGCCUGAAUAUCACCAAAAGCUUCUCACCAGCUGGCCAGCAUUUCCACACCUUCUACUCAGAGAACAGUUUGAGGCUGGAGAUUCAGGGCCUCACGGAAAAAGAUUCAGGAGAUUUUGUGUGUCAAGCUGACAACCCCUUUGGCAACGCAACCAGCAGCAUCGCCUUCGACGCAGGACUGCUCUCUGAACGGAAGACCUUCAUGGUCCUGACUGGGGUGGCCUUCGCCUUGCUCUGCAUAGCUGCUCUGGCCGGCCUGGUCUUCCUCCUGCAAACGAACGAUUCCCGGAUAUUUCAAAAGUGCAUCGGGUGGACGAAAGGGACGAGUAACAAGGAAGAAGUGCGGCAGGAUGGAAACGCAGAGGAAGCCAUUCAGCCUGUCCAGACAGGGAUUUCAGAAGAUCAGUUGCAACUUCCAACAUCAGUGCGGUGGGGAGAUGUUGAGGCCCCCAAGGUUGCUGUUUAG